CGCUUUGUUUCUUAGACUAUCUUCACAGUUCAUUUUGUAAUGACUUCGGAUUAUUUUCCUGACAUAAUGAUCUUAUCAACCUGUUAGUUAUCCAGUGUUUGUUGUUUUCUGUUACAUAUUGAUACCACUAUCUACCAUAUGUCAACCAUCUCUGCUGUAUGUAUUGACUUCACCUUAUUGUUUCGCUUACCCUUCCAUACUAGUAGUCGUAGUAUUUCUCCCAUAGUUUCUUGUCCGUCAAUUUCUUUUACUAUCUAUUGUCUCUUCUUGUGCUUCAAUAUUGCACUUUUUUGGUGUAGUUACUGUUCCUUUUUCAGAAUGCUUUGUCAUGAUCCAUUCACUUCAGUUAUUUUUUCUCGAUGCUUUUCCUUGAGCUGAAAGUCUCCCAAGGUAGGGGUAAGGUCUGCAUACGCUCUACCCUCCUCAAACCCCACUUGUGGGAUACACGGGAUGCAGCUAAACAGAUACGAAAACCAAAGCCUUGGAAGCAUUCAGAACCUAUUACGAGGGCUCAGCUUGUACAGAUGCGUGAUGAAUUCUGGGACACAGCACCACAUUAUGGGGGUCGAAAAGAGAUCUGGGAUGCACUCCGAGCUGCAGCAGAGUCGGAUAUAAGCCUUGCACAAGCAAUUGUGGACAGUGCCGGGAUAAUCGUGCAAUCCCCUGAUUUAACAAUAUGCUAUGACGAAAGAGGCGCCAAGUACGAGUUGCCCAAGUAUGUUCUAAGCGAGCCAACUAAUUUGAUUCGCGAUAACUGAAAACUGAAAAGACAAGUUAUUAAUGUACAAUGCUUCAUUGAGACGUACAUUGUUGUAAAUUUAUUGUCACAAGUUAUUUCUUUCUACAAUUGAUAUUGUUUUGUGCAUGAUGUUCCUAUCUCAAGAUAUCAAAAAAAGCUAUAUGCCCAUAAA